CGGUGUCAUGGCGGACUCCUACCCUGAAUGCGCUCUGGCUGCUGUCGGCGAGAAGCGGCAACAGUUUGGGAGCAGAUUCCUGAGCGAUCCGGCGCGCGUUUUCCACCAUAAUGCCUGGGACAAUGUGGAGUGGUCAGAAGAGCAGGCCGCCGCAGCGGAGAGGAAAGUCCAGGAGAACAGUACCCCGCGGGUGUGCCAGGAGAAGCAAGUUGAUUAUGAAGUCAAUGCCCACAAAUACUGGAACGAGUUCUACAAAAUCCACGAAAAUGGGUUUUUCAAGGAUAGACAUUGGCUUUUCACUGAAUUCCCAGAGUUGGCACCUAACCCAAACCACAAUGACUUGAAUGAUUGGCUCUCAGAGAACAAGAGGAGUGAAGUACCUGAAGGUAGGAGCAAAGAGGAGGGACCUGGUUUAAAAACAGAAGAACAGCACACGUGUCCUUCAGAUAGCCUUGGACAUAAAACACAGAUGCCUCCUUUGGAAGAAGAUGUGACUCGGAAACUCAGUCACCUGGAAAUCCGUGCCGAUGAGUUCCCUGGAUCCUCAGCCACCUACAGAAUACUUGAGGUUGGUUGUGGUGUGGGAAACACAGUCUUUCCGAUUUUACAAACCAACAAUGAUCCGGGACUCUUUGUUUACUGUUGUGAUUUUUCUUCCACAGCCAUAGAACUGGUCCGGACAAAUUCAGCAUAUGAUCCUUGUCGGUGCUUUGCCUUUGUUCACGAUCUGUGUGAUGAAGACGCGACUUACCCAGUGCCCGGGGGUAGCCUUGAUGUCAUCAUCCUCAUAUUUGUUCUCUCGGCGGUCAUUCCAGACAAGAUGCAGAAGGCUAUCAGCAGGCUGAGCAGGCUGCUGAAGCCCGGCGGGAUGAUGCUUCUGCGAGACUACGGCCGCUACGACAUGGCACAGCUUCGGUUUAAAAAAGGGCCUCUUGGCAAAUUGAUAAGGAGAAGAUCGGCCUCCCACCCAAAACAACAGGAAGGAAAAUUUUAGAGUUGAUUCACCGAAGGGCAGAUCCAAGUGGCCAGAAACAAAGGUAACAAAACUUAAGAGUGAGAUAACCACUUCUUAAACCUACUGCUGGCCAUUUCAAAGAAGGAGAUACACUUUUCCAUUACUGGUAGAAAUAAGUUGUUAAAUGGUGUUUGGGUUUUGUUUUUGUUUUGUUCCGUUUUGUUUUUUUAAGCACACUGGUGUUAUCUACUCAGUCUGAAAGUCCUUUGGGGAAUUACUCAAGAACUAGCACGUAAUGUGGGUUUAGGCAAAGUCUUCGAAACAAAGUGAAUGUCUCUGCGGAAGGGGGGCAUCACACAUGCCGCGUGAGGUGGACCCCACACCAAUGGUCCUGGGGUGGGGGGGUCUCUGUCCUGCAUUCCCAGACGAGAAAAGCAGCGUGCGGGGUGACUGUCUCCAACUGGUUCGCGCGUACAAGAGUGGCUGGGGAGGAAUAAGCAAAGCAAGUGAGAUUAUAGUGACGUUCCAGAGGUGUAGGAUUACCUAGCAGGCUGGUAAGCUGAUGUUAGGUCAGAGGCCGUGCUGGCUGAGGGGCGGGCACGCGGACCGUACCCAUGAGUGUGUGUGGCAGUGUGGAGAGAUGUGGGGAACGGUCGUGGUGGCUCAGGUUUCCUCCCCGUCGGUCUAGCUACAGUCUGUGGCUUUGAUCGAUUGACUGAUUUUUAUUUUGUUUUACAAAGAGUCUGGUAUUUAUUGAAUGCGGGAGGGGGCAAAACAUUUGCAGCAUGAACCGGCUCUAGACGAGAAGGCAGAGGCCCGCAGGACGGAGCACUGGGGUUUGAGCGCCCCCGGGGCUGCCCAUGUCCACAGCAAGAGCCCACAGGUGCCCCGCGUCACGAGGAAAGCCUUCUGUUCUCUGCCCAAGAAAUCGGUGUCGGUGCUGCACAUGGGAUUGGCAGUGAGAGUCAAAGAGGCGCCAGAAAGUUUCUCUGAUUUUUAUCACCUCGCUUCGCAGGUCAGUGUUUGUCCGAAAGUUUCUAUGUGAGAGGGGACGGCACGAGAGUUUACUUCUUCACACA